AUGCAAAAACGAUAUGAUGAAGCUAUCAAUUAAUAUAAUUAUGCUAUCAAAUUGAACAAAGAAAAUGCCAAGCUUAAUAUAGAAAAGGUAUUGAUGACAGUUUAAUAAAAACAAAGGAUUUUCAUUAUAUGACUAAAAGAAUAAUUAAGAGGCUCUGAAUGCCUAUGACCUUGCGCUUAAAAUUAAGGCAUACAACACAAAGAUAAUCAUUAAUAAAAGUAGAAAUUAUUUUAUUUAUUAGGAAUUUCUUUAAUGCAACUAGAAUAACACUAGGAAGUGAUAAUGUAGUUUAAUCAAGCUAUUUUAAUUAGCCAAAAUGAAUUAGAUGCUUAUAGUUGGAAGGGUAAAUAUUAAAAUCAUCUUAGGAUUCUCACUAUGUAUGCAAAGGUAAUCCAAACAUACAGGCAAGCGUAAUGCUUAUUAGGAAAUUAGGAGAAUGAAUAUUAAUUACAUAUUUUGGCUUGGCAAAAACAACGUAGAAAUAAUUGAAUUUAUUACCAAAAAUACAAUACUAUAAUGCAAUUAAUGCAAAUAAUUUUUUAAAAAUUGA